CAAGAAUCAGGGCGGGUGCCAGAUAUCUGAUAUAUUGAGCGAUUUUCUUCUUGACUUUUUCUGGUAUACUCUUCAUUGUUUUGCUGCAAUCUAUUCGCGGAUUUCGUUCACGACCGUUGCGUUAUCGUUAUUGCGCUGGCUUACUCGAGAUCUAUGGUAGCAGGCAGCCAACAUUCCAGACUCGUCUGGGAGUGGAACUACGCCACAACGUGGACGCUCUUUAUUGCCUGCGAUUAUCCAGAGACAUUUAGUUUAUACCUCCAGGCCUAAGAAACAGAACCACCAUGGCAAUGCAAUACUUCAACCAGCUACGAGCGAAGACGCGAUCUUCCCGGGCAAAGCAGCCUGAUCCUGUCCUGACGGAAGAGGAUGAAGCGUUCCUGCAACGCGUGACAUCCCAAACAGAUGCAGCACCCCUACCUGAUGACGUUGCGACACAGGAAUCUAAUAAUCAGCCGGUGGGAAAGGACGCGCAGAUCGCUCUGAUGGAUGGCGCUCAGAAUAUCCCGCUGCCAUUGUCACCAGCAGAAGAGGUAGGCAGGGAACUAGCAGCAGAUGAAAAUAUCAAGAGCGAGGAGGGAGUAAAAAGUAUGGGGGAAGAGCCUUCUGAAUCUGCAGAGAAGGCCAAAAAGAAUACACGAUGGAGCUGGAUGCGUAAACUGGCGAAGGACAGCAAACAGGAAAAACAGACAGCUGCAGCAGAUGUGUCCGAAGUCGCCGCAGGGCUAGAUAGACCCGGUCUGGAUGUGAAUGCGACGGGAACAGUCAGCGACGGAGAGGCGCAGCGGGAAACGGAAGAUAUGACUGACGUUCUCGAACGACUGAAUCUGGCAGCAGUGAACAACCGUGUCUUCUCGAUCAGUGACGAGACACAGGAGCUGCUUCGUAAAUUCAAGCUCAUCUUCAAGGAUCUGAUUAACGGCGUGCCCACUGCCUACCAUGACCUUGAAUCGCUCCUUACGAACGGAAAUAAACAGCUGCAGCAAACCUACUCGCAGCUCCCCAGUUUUCUCCAGAAAUUGAUCGAACGACUCCCAGACAAGUGGACGGAGACCCUAGCCCCCGAGAUCCUGGCUGCAGCUGCAGAGAGGGCUGGAAAGAGUGGGAUCAAUGUGGAGAAUGCAGGCAAGGCUGCUGCAGCUGCGAGAAAGAUGGGAGUGAAGGUCCCCAGCCUAAAGGAGCUGGUGGGCAAGCCGGCGGCUAUCGUUGGCAUGUUGCGGUCCAUUAUGGCCUUUCUCAGGGCUAGAUUCCCUGCCGUCCUAGGCAUGAACGUGCUGUGGUCCCUCGCACUAUUCAUUCUUUUGUUCGUGCUCUGGUACUGCCACAAGCGGGGACGAGAAGUGCGGCUAGAGAACGAGCGCAUAGUGACCGAGGAGGAAAUCCAGAGAAUGAACGAGCAGAGCUCCGACGAUAGAAUCCGGAGCACUGAAACGCUCACCACGAUGGCCCCUCAGGGAGCAGACCUCGAGGAAGUCCGCAGAGGUGUCCAGCAGGCUCGGGAAGCGCGUGCGGCGGCCCUCGCGGUGGCAGAGGAAAAGGAGAAAGAGAACAACAACAGCAACAAUCACGACAACGAGACGAGCCUGCAAUCAGCAUCAUCAUCAUCAUCAUCUCCACCGGCAGCAGCAAGCAUUUCGUCUCAGUUCAGAUUAUUUUCCCGCAAGCAGAGCACCAGAUCAAGCGUCCAGCCAUACGCGGGGACCUAAUGUCGCCUCUCUGGCCCGUCGGCUCGAUGGCGCCAGCAGCUCGUGGAUAUUAUUAUUACUAUUAUUACAUGCGUCGUUAUCGAUACCCUUCGAGAGAGGCCACUUGUUCAAUAAUCAUGUUGCGUUUGAAACGGGGAGUUACCAUGGUUGGAUGUCGGGCGGGUCCCAAAGGGGAAACCGGGGCGGAUAGAGGACCGAAAGCUAAUUAACCGGACUGGAUUGGCGUUCUGGAAGGAGUCGAUGAAUCAUAGCGAACCUUGGGCAGCUUUUCUGUAAACGAGUUGAUCGACGUUGACAACAUACCAUAGUCAAGUAGACCCGAUGUUGCGCGUAAAGAAUAAAUCACCUACCAUAAAUACUACUCUACUAG